AUGGACAAUAUUCAGUAUGAGGAUUAUGAGGGAUACACCAAGAGUACUGAUCCCUUUAGACAAGAUCCAGCAGCAUCAGCAGGAGAGAAUGAGGGAUUGGCUCAAGAGCUUGAUCAGAAUAGUCUUAUAGCAGUCGAAGAAGAUUUGAAAGAAAAGCACUUUGAAAUCGACCUUGAAGGAAGUAAGGUAUACUUCCCUUUCAGGCCAUAUGAGACCCAGGAAGAAUAUAUGAAUCAAGUUUUAACAGCAUGAAAUAACCAACAAAAUGGGCUUCUUGAAAGCCCAACAGGUACUGGAAAGACUUUAUCGCUACUAUGUGCAACUUUGGGGUGGCUCAAAGAUCAAAGAGAUCAAAGGAAGCACACUAAGACACGUAUCUUAUAUUGCUCCAGGACACAUUCUCAGAUAAACCAAGUAAUUAAGGAACUCAAGGAAACUAUUUAUCGGCCAAAGACAGUCCUCUUAGGAAGCAAAGACCAGAUGUGAGUGAAUAGCUUAGUAAAUUCAUUCUCUGGAUCAACUCUCAACUCUAAAUGAAAGUCCUUGCGAGAAGGAAAACUCUCUGGGAUGUCUUGCCAUGCCUACAGCAAUACUGUUGGCAGAAAGAAUCCUAAGGGAGUUGGAGAUGAAAUAAUGGACAUCGAAGACCUUCAUAGAGUAGGCAAAGAGCUCAAUAUAUGUCCUUAUUACUUACAAAAAGCUAGAGUUGAGAAUGCUGAUUUGAUCCUUAUGCCCUACAACUAUAUACUUGAUUGGAAAGUCAGGAAGCAAUUUGCAGUCUACUUCGAGAACUCAGUGAUAAUCUUUGAUGAGGCCCAUAAUAUAGAAAGAGUUUGCGAAGAAAUCUCUAGCUUUGAAGUGACCACAAGUUUGAUAAAUGACUCAAUUUUCGAGCUAAAUUCCAUCCAAAAGAAAGUACUGGCGAAUCAAGAGAAUUCUGUAUGCACUAACAGGGAUAUUUUCUUAAUGAGGACAUUUUUGGCUGAUUUCAAGGAAAACUUCAACAACUUCGAUUGUGAGAAAGAUGUCAGAUCUGAAUCUAUCAAUCCUGAAAUCACAACCUUACCUGGAAAUGUGAUCUUUGAAAUAGCUUUACCAAGGAUAUUAAAGAUUUCAGACCCUCUUGAGGUCAAGAAGACAACUAAGGAGUUGUACAAAGCAGCUCAGAACAUCCUUGAUGAGAUAUAGCAACAGGUGACAAGAACUUAUCUUCUAAUCUAGUUGUGAUGGAGGAUAUUCUUAGAACUGUAGGGGGGCUGUAUAACCUUACACAGUUGCAAAAGGAGCAGUCUGUGGAACAAGAUCCAGAUAAAAAGAAAGACAUUGAAGACUACUUUGUUGCAAUCAUUGAUGAAACUACAUCAUUUUAGUUCAUUCAAUAUUUCAAAGAAGCCCAAAUCUGGAGAUCCAGGAACAGCUAGGAAACUUGGAUUCUGGUGCUUUAACCCUGGUUUAGGAUUUCAAAAAUUACAAGGGCUGAAUCCUGUAUCUAUCCUUCUGACUUCUGGAACCCUCUCACCUAUGGAGUGCUUCACCAAAGAACUUAACACUGAGUUCAAGGUUGUGAUUGAGUGCCCACAUGUGAUUCCUGAUAGACAAUUUUUAGUAAAUGUAAUCACUAAAGGACCUGACACUGAAGGUUUCAACUUCACGUAUAAACAAAGAGAGAAUAGAGAGAUGCAGAAAGAUUUAGGUGAAGCUCUGCUUCAGAUAUGCCAAAUCUCACCUGGAGGGGUCCUCUGAUUCUUUCCUUCAUAUGCUUUGAUGAACAAACUCAAGCAAAGCUGGGAACAGGAGCGGAUUCUUGAUAAAAUCAACAGUAUUAAAAAGGUAUAUUAUGAACCAUCUAAUUCAAAGAAAUGCCGGAGUAUUAUCAGGAGGUAUUACAAGGAUGUCUAUAACGGCGGAGCUCUACUUAUGGCUAUAUGUCGAGGCAAAAUAGCUGAAGGAAUCGACUUUUCAGACGACGCAGCCCGAACAGUUAUUCAGAUAGGAAUUCCAUUCCCUAUGCUAAAGGAGCCAAAAACUAUUCUAAAAAAGAGGUAUCUGGAUAAGGCCUCAGCUACUGACUCUACUUGCCUAACUGGUAAAGAAUGGUAUAGCUUGCAAGCUACCAGAGCAUUCAACCAAGCCAUUGGGCGUGUGAUUAGACAUAAAGAGGACUAUGGAAACAUCAUUCUGAUGGAUGAACGAUUUGCCAUGAGUGAAUUCAAUCAACAGAUUUCAAAAUGGCUUAGAGAAAGCAUUAAAAUCAAUUAUAGCUUUGACAAGUUUCUCAAAGAAGUUGAAGCCUUCUUUGAUCAAAUCAAUGAGCUUGACUUGAAACCAAAACCUCAGAUCGACUAUUUUGAUGAUGAAAAGAUCACAAUUGGUGAGUCUUCACUGGGAAAAGGCUUUCAAGCUGAAGGAUCUGGACCAAAUUUUGGUGGUUCAGACUGACCAGAUUUUAAUAUUGAUACUUCAUUGCUAAAGAGACGCUCAAAAUUUAAGCGUGGCUUUACAAAGGUCCCACAGACAAACUCAAAAAAAUCAAAUCCAUGCUCAAAAUUCAAGAGAGGUGGAAAGAAAAGAGACAACAAGGCUUUAGCCAAGCCGGAUAAGUUUCAAACUCAGCUCCAGAUUUCUCAAGUCUCUACAGAUUGUCUACUAGAAUUUGCUACCUUUAUGACUAGGGAGGUAUACUCAAGCAUCGAGCUGAAAUUCAUUAAGAUUAAUAAUAGUAAAGACUACAUCCCUGCUGCGAAAGAGUUUAUCUCACUUAUUUUCCCAAAAGAUGAAGAUAAAGUUGAUCAAUCCAGCCCGGAGUUUUAUAAGAAGUUGACCAUUAUUGGAGAAGCAAUAGAGUACAUUCCUUGUAGUAUUAAGAGGGACAGGCUGAAGGUACUCCUUCAGGAGUACCUGUUCCCUGAUAAGGACUUCACUAAGAUUAAUUCUGGAUAAGG